AUGGCGGGGCGGGCGGUGCAGGCGGCGCUGGCCGUUCAUCUCGAGUCCGACGCGUUCCUCGUCUGUCUCAACCACGCUCUGAGCACCGAGCAGGAGGAGGUGAUGGGGCUGUGUCUAGGAGAGCUGAAUGCUGACCAAAGGUAUGCCUCCAAGUUUGCAUGUGCUGGACCCGAAAUGCGCCCAGUUGCUGAAAAGGUGGACCCUGUCAGAAUAGUUCACAUUCAUUCUGUCAUCAUCUUGCCACGUUUUGAAAAGAGGAAGGACCGAGUGGAAAUUUCUCCCGAGCAGCUGUUUGCAGCCUCCAGGGAGGCAGAGAGGCUGGCUAAACUAACAGGGCGCCCCUUGAGAGUCGUGGGCUGGUACCAUUCCCACCCUCAUAUCACUGUUUGGCCUUCACAUGUUGAUAUUCGCACACAAGCCAUGUACCAGAUGAUGGAUCAAGGCUUUGUAGGACUUAUUUUCUCCUGUUUUGUAGAAGAUAAAAACGCAAAUAUUGGCCAGGUACUGUACACUUGCUUCCAAUCUAUCCAGGACCCAAAGAGCUCUGAGUAUGAGAGAAUUGAAAUCCCAAUUCAUAUUAUACCUCAUGUCACCAUGGGGAAAGUGUGCCUUGAAUCAGCAGUAGAGCUGCCCAGGAUCCUAUGCCAGGAAGAGCAGGAGGCCUACGGGAGGAUCCACAGCCUCACACAUCUGGACACAGUAACCAAGAUCCACAAUGGCUUAGUGUUUACCAAGAACCUGUGCAGUCAGAUGUCAGCAGUCAGCGGGCCCCUUCUACAGUGGCUGGAGGACAGAUUAGAGCAGAACCAACAACAAUUGCAGGAGUUACAACAAGUAAAAGAAGAACUUAUGCAACAACUUUCUUCUCUAAAAUAA